GUCUUUUUGCCUCUACAAAUUAUUCAACAUAUACAGCAUCUGUAUUAGCUGUGCCCUGGUCUCACAAGUGAAAAUGACUGGAGGUUAUGAAGUGGAGCAGUUUGUGGAUACCCCAGAUGAUGAUCUGAUUUGUGUCAUCUGUAGAGCUGUUCUACGCUGCCCUGUACGACUUAAAUGCAACCAUGUCUUCUGCAAGGAAUGCAUUUUACAGUGGAUGAAAAGACAGGUGAAAUGCCCGUUUAAACUGAGUAAAUCCAUUGGCCGUUUGGCAAUCAAGUGUCGAAAUGCGCAGCAGGGCUGCAGGGCCACUUUCCGGAUUUCUAACGAGUACCUCCACAUCUCCAGCUGUCCGUAUGAGUGGCAGCUCUGUCCCCAUGAGGGCUGUGGGCAGCAGGUGCUGAGGAAGGACGCGCAGGCGCAUGAUCAGAGCUGCAGCCACUGGCGACAGCUGUGUCCCAUGGGCUGCGGCACGCUGCUCGUCCGUGAAAAUCAGGCCCAACAUAACUGCUACCGAGAGCUGCAGCAGCGUUAUGUAGCCGAGCGGCGGAGGCAGAGGGCCAUCGCAGCCAACCUGCGCAGGAAGAUGCAGCGCAUGCAGAGCCGGAUGGCACAAAUAAGGAGGCAAAUAAACCUGAUGUGUGAGAGCCUGGAGGUUGGCGAUCUGGAAAUUGAAGAAGGGGAGGGAACCAGUGCUUGGACAGAUGCUAAUGCCGCCAGUCCGAGCAGCAGCAGACACCGUCACACUAACAGCAGCAGUUCAAGAGUCAGAUAUAUAUAGCGUAAAUACCUUUCAGAAUUCAAAGAGAGCAUUCAAGUUAGUCCUUUAUGUGUGCGGUUUUAUUAAAUGUGUCUUUCCACUUUUAUAGUCAUCUUAAAGGGAUAGUUCACCCAAAAAUGAAAAUUACUUGCAUCUUUGUUUACUCACCUU